AAACGGGUUAAUUCUUUGACGGGUCAACGAGAUUUAAGAAAUAAAUACUUCAAAAUAAUGCCUAACAAUUCUUUGACCUCUUCUUCAAACACGAAUGCUGCGGCUAUACGUGCUUUGCAAAUGGAAUUAAAAUCAUUGCAAUCACAACCAAUUGAAGGCUUUAAAGUUGUUUGUGAUGAAGAUAAUUUAUUUAAAUGGACCGUUGCUAUUUUUGGGCCGCCUGGAACUCUUUAUCAGGGUGGCUACUUCAAGGCGGUUCUCACUUUUCCAACAAAUUAUCCUUAUUCACCUCCUUCGAUGAGGUUUAUACAACCAGUUUACCAUCCAAAUGUUUACCCGAGCGGUGAACUUUGUGUUAGUAUUCUUCAUCCGCCAGUUGAUGAUCCACAAAGUGGAGAGUUAUCAAGUGAACGUUGGAAUCCAACACAAACAGUUCGUACAGUUCUUCUUUCAGUCAUUUCUUUGUUGAACGAGCCAAACACUUCUUCUCCAGCUAAUGUUGAUGCUUCUGUUAGUUACAGAAAAUAUAAAGAGGAAGGUGAUCAGGAAUAUGCGAACAUAAUUAGAAAGCAAGUUGACAAGUCAAAAGAAGAAGCACGCAAAGAUAAGGUUGUUGUCCCUGAAACAAUUGAAGACUAUGUUGUUCCUACAAAAAUAGCUGCAACGAAUAAUAAUGAUGUUAUUGAUAUGGAUGAAGAUUAUUACGAUGAUGGAGCUUCUGACACAACGGAUGUACCAGAAAGUGAACACGCUGAGGAUAGUGGGCAAGGUGAUGAAGACUAA